GCCUCGGCCUGGCCACUUUCACCAUCGCAGUUGUGGCUCGGGCCUCAGCGUUACGGCACCCUAGAAACUGAGGCCACGGCCCUCUCCGCAUUCCGUUCCCACCUCCGUACGUACGCCGCGCCGCCUCUCUGCAGCGUCCGUCCGAGCGCCGCCGCUGGCGUGGGCCCCGCCUGCUUCCCUCCUCGCCUCUCUGUGUGUCCGCGGCUGGCCGGCGCGAUGCAGCUGGACCCGAGGCCCGCCACGCUGGGGCUGCUGCUGCUGUGCGCCGCGGCAGCCGGCGCCGGGGAAGCCGAGGAGCUGCACUACCGGCAGGGCGAGCACCGCGCAGACUACGACCGCGAGGCGCUGCUGGGCGGCCAGGAAGAAGUCGAUGAGUAUGUUAAACUCUCCCCCGAAGAGCAGCACAAAAGACUGAAGUCAAUCAUAAAGAAAAUUGACUUGGACUCAGAUGGCUUUCUCACCGAAAGUGAACUCAGUUCAUGGAUUCAAAUGUCUUUUAAACAUUAUGCUAUGCAAGAAGCGAAACAACAGUUUAUUGAGUAUGAUAAAAACAAUGAUGGUAGUGUGUCAUGGGAUGAAUACAACAUUCAGAUGUAUGAUCGGGUGAUCGACUUUGAUGAGAACACUGCUCUGGAUGAUGCAGAAGAGGAGUCUUUUAGGCAGCUUCAUUUAAAGGACAAGAAGCGAUUUGAAAAAGCUAACCAGGAUUCAGGCCCUGGUUUGAACCUUGAAGAGUUUAUUGCUUUUGAGCAUCCUGAAGAAGUUGAUUAUAUGACGGAAUUUGUCAUUCAAGAGGCUUUAGAAGAACAUGACAAAAAUGGUGAUGGAUUUGUUAGUUUGGAAGAAUUUCUUGGUGACUACAGGCGGGACCCGACCGCAAAUGAAGAUCCAGAGUGGAUACUUGUUGAGAAAGAUAGAUUCAUGAAUGAUUAUGACAAAGAUGCUGAUGGCAGACUUGAUCCGCAAGAACUGUUGUCCUGGGUUGUACCCAAUAACCAGGGCAUUGCACAAGAAGAGGCUCUUCAUCUAAUUGAUGAAAUGGAUUUGAAUAGUGACCGAAAGCUUUCUGAAGAAGAGAUUCUGGAGAACCAGGACUUGUUUCUUACAAGUGAAGCCACAGAUUAUGGCAGACAGCUUCAUGAUGAAUAUUUUUAUCAUGAUGAACUUUGAUCCCUGGGUGUAUCUGAGUAGAGCACUGGCUCCUUUUAUAGUUUGUUACCAGCUUUACUUUUGUGAUAAAAUAUUGAUGUUAUAUUUUACACUCCUAAGUCUUACCAGAGUCAAAAUUAUCUUAAUGUACAUUAUAGUUUUGGCCUUUCAGGAGAAAAGUAAAACAAAAACCUGAUAUUUAUUUCCACAUGUGUUGAAGAAAUGAAACAAUGUUGUGCCAUAUGACAAAAAAGUCUUUCCUAAACAGUCCAUCUGUUUAGUACUGUAUUGUGAAAUAUUUGAGUUCUGUUUCCAUACUUGAAAAAAAAACAAAAAACGGAGGAUUUUAGAGAUGCCUGAACAAUAUUAUUUAAGUAGUAUGUGACUAAGCUAUCAAUUUUUAUUUUAAGUAGGUUUAACUUGGGAACUGACAGAAGGACGUUGUUUUUAGAUUUAGCAUUUUGUUUUAAACCUUUAAAGGAACCUUAGAAGGACUUAUACCUCACAUAUUAAUGGUGAGAAGUUCUGCUUAAUUUUAAAAUGGUUUCUAUAAAGGGUUUUAUUGUAUGAAAUAGAACUUUAUAUUUUUGCAUAUGUAUAGAUAGUAAUUAUAUUUAAUGUGUAACUAUAGCAUUACGGUGUGUGGAAUUUGACUUUGUCCAGAACUCUUUUCUUUUUUUUUGACUGAUUAAAAAUGAAAUGUCCUAUCUUUUUA